AUUGUGUUACGUCCAAAUGUACAAAAAUGAAACGAAGAAACAGUCAAAAGGAUACAAAAGAGGACGCACUAAGAUAUGAAUUGUAGAUCUAGCUUGAUUCAACUGGGGUAAAGCAACAUGUUGGUGAGCAUGUGAGUAGUAACAGAGAUGUUAUAAGUAUUCAUAAUUUUUUUUCAUUGGAUUCUUAUGAAAAAAGUGCAUUUAAAACAGUUGUAUCCAAAAAUUUAUGGAAAAUUUUACUUUAUGAUAAGAAAUGUCAAAACAUUUUAGCUCCCCUUUUCAAGGUAGGGGGCUUGAGACAGCAUGGAAUCACAUUAAAUUUACCCAUGGAGAUACAACGAUCAUGUGUACCAAAUGCUCCAGCGAUUUACUUUAUUGAGCCAACACAAAAAAAUAUUGAUGGCAUCGUUCAAGAUAUUCAGAAUCAUUUCUAUAAAGAGUAUUAUAUCAAUUUUUCAUCUACGGCUUCUUCAGAAUUACUGGAAUAUUUCGCUUCAACCCUUCCCGCUACUGCGCCUGUAGAUUCUAUUGUUUCCAUUGUCGACCGUUUCGUUCAAUUUAUUUCUCUUUCUGAGUUUGAAUUUGUUCUGGAUAUUCCUAAAACCUUUUCCACUCUUCAUAGUACGGGGUCUACCGAUGCACUUAUUGAAGAAUGCUUAAAGAACAUAUGUACUGGGCUGGUGUCAGUGAUUAUCACUCUAGGAGUAAUACCUGUCAUUCGUUACCCAAGCUCACCGACUUCCCCUUGUCGUAUGUUAGGUCAAAUGUUAAAUACUCAACUGAAACAAUACAUUUCGUGUAAAAAAACUAACCAACUUUUUUGUGGAACGAAAAACGCCCUUAUGGAAAGACCUUUAUUAGUACUUCUUGAUAGAGAGUUUGAUCUAAAUGUUAUGUUACAUCAUACAUGGACUUACCAAUCUAUUGUUCAUGAUCUUUUUGACUUACGAUUAAAUCGAGUGACUCUUCACAUAACAGAAGGUGUUUCUGAAAAAACAACAAAAACAUUUGAUGUUGAUAGUACGGAUACUCUAUGGAAAGAAUAUGGAUGUAAACCGUUCGGUGAAACUGCUAUAGCCAUUAGUAACACUUUUCAAGAUUAUUCAACACGGAAAAGCUUAUUAGAUCAAAAUGCUAGUUCUAAACGGUUUGAUGAGCCAAACUCCUUAUCACAUAUGAGUGGUAUUCAAUCGACAUUGGAUACAUUAAAUGCUGUUCCGGAAAUGGUAGCACAAAAAAAAAGUAUUGAUAUGCAUACAAAUAUAGCUCAUGCCAUUGUUGCACAAAUUACUUUACGAAAAUUGGAUCGGUUUUAUGAAGUCGAAGAUAGUAUUGAGACUGGUUCUAUUGCUUCAGCGCUAGCUUCUAUUGAAAAGUUAGUUGAUCCUGCUGGCAAAGGUACCAUAGCAGAUAAAAAAAGGGUUUUAUUAUGUUUUUAUAUAGCACGCAAAAAUGAAUUGUCGAACACACAUUUAACCAAAUUAAAAACAUUAUUAUUCAACUUGGAUGCUAAAUGCCAAGCUUUUAAAUUUUUAGAGUGUUUAGAGUCUCUUAAGGCUUUAGAGAUACCUGAUGUUUGCACGUUAACACAACAAAAAAACGUCCAGCCUGCGUCCACAACCAAUUGGGGAGCUAAUCUCUUAGAUCGCAGUAAAGGAUUAUUUCAGGAAGUUAAAAAUUUGCUUCCGACGAAUAAAACGUACCCUAUUGAAAGAAUUAUGUUGGAGCUUUUACAAAAUAAAUCGGGUAGUAUGUUAGAUAAAGAGUUUAUUUAUACGGACCCUAAGAUGGAACAAUAUUUAAAUUCAGAUACUGCUCUUGUACCACGUAUUAAAUCAAGUUUUAAACAAGCCAUUCUAUUUACCGUGGGAGGAGGUUCUUAUGUGGAAUCGCAAACACUUAAGGAGAUCGCGAAACGUACUGGAAAGCAAAUUCUUUAUGGUACAACUGAGUUCGUUACACCUGAAGCGUUUUUAGAAGAACUUGAAGUCUUAGGAAGUCAUAUCUCUUAAUAAAUCUGUGACUUUAUUUUUAUUUAAUAAAAAAAAAUUAAGGCUACGGCGAUUUUAUAUUGUUGCCUUAAAACACCACAUGACUGUACCUAUUAAAACUUAUUUUUAAAAAAUAUAAAACGUUGACACGGAAAACAGUUACAGCAAAUUUUU